CGGGACAGUGCGUUCCCUCGCUCCCCGGGGUGUGCGCGAGGUUAGGGACAUGCGCGAUCCCGGGGGAGUGGGCUCAUUGUGUGAGCGGUGACCAGCGGAUCGCUGCUACAGCUCUGGGUGGUUCCGCCUCAGGCCGGGAUGGAGCCGUUGACCGUCGCUACCGGGGAUGAUGGCCCCGGACCUCCCGGGCCCUCGGAAAGCGGGAGCUUGUCUGCUUCCCAGCGCCGGGCAGAGCUGAGGCGUAGAAAGCUUCUGCUGAACUCGGAGCAGCGAAUCAACCGGAUCAUGGGCUUCCACAGGAGCGGGAGCGCUACGGAAGAAGAAGUAAACACAGAAUCAAAGCAGCGUGACAUUGAUAAGCUGAACUCCCUCGCUGUUCCUUCAGUUUCAAAGCGAGUGGUACUAGGUGAUUCAACUAGCACAGGAACAGUGGACCACCAAAGUGGUACUACGGAGAUCAAGGGAACCCAACUGGUAGAUAAAAAGGACUCUUUAAUCAAUCCACCUGAGAGUAGUAAUGAUGGUAACCUUGAACUUCGUCAUCGAAAAAGAGAUCUUACUACUGAAACUGUCCAGAGAAGCUCCCAGCAUGGCUUAGACCAGUAUCUUUCCAGAUUUGAUGAAGCAAUGAAGUUAAGAAAACAAUUAAUUAGUGAGAAACCUAGUCAAGAGAAUGGAAGUACAGGGGAAGAAUUUGAUACUUUUCGAAUUUUCAGAUUGGUGGGAUGUGCUCUUCUUGCCCUUGGAGUUCGGGCUUUUGUAUGCAAAUAUUUGUCCAUAUUUGCUCCAUUUCUUACUUUGCAACUUGCAUUCAUGGGAUUAUCUAAGUACUUCCCAAAGAGUGAAAAGAAGGUGAAGACGACAGUACUAACUGCUGCACUUUUAUUGUCUGGAAUCCCAGCUGAAGUAAUCAGUCGUUCCAUGGAUACCUAUAGCAAAAUGGGAGAUGUUUUCACAGACCUUUGUGUCUACUUUUUCACUUUCAUCUUCUGCCAUGAACUGCUUGUCUUUUGGGGCUCUGAAGUUCCAUGAAAGCUAUAGAACCCAUAAAAGCUAAUUUUCUGUUCUCUACUAGUCUAAGGGAAAGAAACCGGUUUAUACUUUUAUAGUGUUAUUACUUGAUAGAAGUUGUAAAACUACUGGAUUAUGAAUGGAAUGGCAGGGUCUCCAGGUCAAAAGUUUUAGUUUUGUGGUUGUCCUAGUCCUGAUAUAAAGAAUAGAGUACAAGUGUCAUUCAUUUAUUUGUCUUAUUCAAUUAGAAGGUAUAUCUGUUGCCCUUGCCUACAUUCCCCUCAGGUUGUAUUCAUUCUUUUUUGGCCUAUGAUAACAUGACUAAGGUCUUUGUGCUCUUUGCAGAACUGUUAAACAUUAUCUUAGCCAUCUCUAAGAAUUGCUUUCAGCAUUUGUUUUUCCUUCUCUUAAAAUAAAUGAGUCCAUCUUAUACAUAAAAUUAAA